CCAAGUCUCUUACAACCACCAUGGCCUUUACUCUGCAGCUCGGGACUCCGGUCAACACCGCACUUUUCGUCUUCAUCCUAUACACUGUGCAGAAGAUCGUCUAUCCUAGUGUCUCUCGCUCAAAGCAGAUCCCGAACGAAUUCAAAGCCGGGUACUCGUGGUUACCCAAGUCCCACCCACCGACGGUGCUGUUCAAAACGUACACUCCGAAGUCGCUAGAGCCCUUCAGUGGAAGGGAUGGAGGGCGAAUCCUCCUGGCCAUAAACGGGAUCGUGUUCGACGUGACUGCGGGGCGCAACUUCUACGGUCCCGAUUCAAUGUACGGAAACUUCGCAGGCCGGGACGCGUCCCGGGGGAUGGCGAAGCAGUCAUUCGACGCCGAAAUUCUGACACCAGUUGACCAGCCCCUGGACAAGCUGGAUGAUCUUCAGCAAGAUGAAAUCAUGAGCUCACGGACAACCGCCCUCACUAUUGCUGGCCUCUCGGUCUGCGGUCUGGUGGCAUAUGCCGCGUACUUUGACUACAAACGUCGAACUGACGCCGCAUUCCGCAAGACUCUGAAGAAGCAAAAGAAGCGCGUGGACAAGUCCCUCGCACAGUCUAAACAGGCUGCGGAAGCGGCUGCUUAUGUUACGGACGCUCAGCUUGCGGAGGCAUUGAAGUCAAUCAAGAGCCAGCCUCCACCUGCCACCCGGGAGGCCCAAGAGGCUCACUUUAUGGAGCAGAUUUCGAUGGGAGAGCAGCUUUCGGUUACCGGCGAAGCUUUCUACCUACCUGCCGCAUUAGCAUUCUACCGGGCGCUCACCGUGUAUCCGUCUCCCUCCGAACUGCUCGGGAUCUACCAAAAGACAGUCCCUGAAGCAGUCGUCAAGCUCGUGCUGCGCCUUGUAAACCUUGACGUGAGUUCUUCCACACAAGACUUGGGCAUCGACGAUACGGAGGAUGUGAGCCCUGUCCGGGCGGCGUCCGAGACGUCAUCACAGGACUGGGACCGAGUCACCGAUCCUGGGCAUCCUGCUCCCUCUCCAGCGUUCUACGCCAGUUUCCCGCCAAAGUCGACGCAAGUGUCUAUCCAGCCACGCGAUGAGAAGCUUCCGUUGGCUGGACCUGUCAAAGUGCUUGUGCUGAAUGAAGAUAUUGAAGCGGGGCAGAUAAUCUACACGGUGAGCUACAUGGUUCACGUCGCGAUUAUGUUGGCCUCAAGGGUGCAGGAACAUCCGAUGUUGACGUCAUUGGAUUUCGAUCUGCAAGCUGCUGGGACGCACUGCUUCCAAUGCUUCAAAGAGCUCAGUGACCCGGUUUCAUUGACAUCUGCCGCUGGUGACAAAGCUCUCUUCUGCUCUACAAAGUGUCAAAAUGCGGCCAAGUCCCAGUGGCAUUCAUUCCUCUUCACCGUCGACCCACCGAUCCCUGGAGUUCCCGAGUUCGCACAGCUUGCCCCCACACCAGAGGGGCUCGAGGCGCGCCGCGAAGCGCAGUCUAAGUUCGCCGCGUACCUGAACAAAGACCAGAAAGCUGUUUCCUCACUUGUCGCCAAGUUCAUCGCGCGGCAGCUGACUGCUGCCGGGCAACCGCACGCGGAGGACGACUAUGCCCAAGCGGACGGCGCGCAGAAGUACGCCAUCGAAGACUACGUCGAGCGCUGGACCACCGGCAAGGGGGAGCCGUCCGAGGAGGAGUUCGGCUUGUUGGUCAAUCUCAUGCGCAACACACUUCCGGGGCUGGAGGCAUUUCUCCCUCAGGACGGACACAAGUCCCUGUGCGGGAAGCUCGCGUUCAACGCCUUCGGGGUCACUUUCGGCGAGGGAAGAGAAGAUCGACCGGCGUCGACGCAUCGGCCCGAAAACACCGAGAUCACGCGCACGGCAGCUGGCACAGAGCGUCAGACUGGCACAGCACUCUACUCGAUAUCGACGUACUUGCCGCACUCCUGUGAGCCCAACGCGCGAGCCACGUUCCCGAACGGAACGUCCGAGCUGCACUUAGUCGCAGCCAAAGACCUCAAGAAGGGCGAUGUGCUCAGCGUUGCGUAUGUCGAUGUCACUCAGAAGGCGGACGAAAGCGCCAGCGACUGCCGUCUGCGGCGGAGGAAAGAGAUUGCCCGGGGAUGGAAGUUCCCCUGCGAGUGUUCUCGCUGCCUGGCUGAGGCACAGGCCCAAAAUUAGAUGCCAUGCCAUCAUUUAUUCUUGUAAUACACGACCUUCAGUCUAAUAGAAUAUCCCCGCUCCUUGCCGUGUCUGUUUGAUCCGUUGGAAAGAAAAAGACUGCUAGUACUCAUCCGAAUGCUCACAUUCCAGACGAAGUAUGAUAUUAAAGUGCUAGGAUAGCAAUGCACAGAUAAACACUGGCAUUCGCGACUAAUCACGGCUACUUCUUGAUCGACCGUACCUGGUCACGGAGUUUGUCGUUCUCCAUCUGCAGAUUGUUGAGCUCUUCCAUAAGAGCCAUCUGCUGGCCGGACCCCGCAUUCCUCACAGCAUCGACCUCCGUUCGAGCUGCUUCCAGGGCAGCUCGCACCUCGGUCAACUGCCCCUCGAGUUGCCGACGGACGGCUUCUGGUGCAGCUGCAGCCUCCUCAGCGAGAGCAAGGGUCUUAGCGCUAAGCGCAUUGUUGGCUUCCGUCAAUUGGAUGCAAGUGGCUGCCUGAUCAGCUGCACUCGCUUCCACAUCCCGCUUCUCGCUCAAGACCCGCUCGACGUUGUUCUCCAACUCGGUGACUUCACUUUGCCUGGGAGUAAUGGAUCGAGGUCAUCAAGUUGUAACUAGGAUCUGAUAAUAAAGGCACUCACAAGGCGGAAACUUUAGUAGUCAAAUCCAUAUUGCGCUCUUCGAGUGUGCGGACCUGUUUCUGGUACGUCUCCAAGGCAAGAUUGCCCUCUUGCGCAAGUUUCUGGGCGCGCUCUGCGUUCUUCUUCAACAGAUCAUGUGCCUGCGCGAAUCGGAUGAGUCUCUCGAUCAAAGAUCGGUCGUCCGCAAUGAGAGCCUGCACUCGCGCGGCGAAUGCUACAAAAGUGAAUGUGCCUCCUACGGAAGGGUUUGGACUCGGCGGUGCUCGCGGAUCAUACAAUGAUUUCAGAGCCCGUACGUCCAGCUCCGAAAGGGAUCCCGGAGGAUUUGGGCUGUUCGGAGAACUAUUCGUCGGCGACGUUGGCCCGGAGCCAGCCCGGAAAGCACGUUGUUGGGAAAAUUUAGCUGCCCGUGCCUCAGGAGAUGGAAGGAUAGCCCAAAUGGGCUGCAGCAAAGCUAUGAUUUCUUUGUUGUCCGCAGUCUCCACUUGGGCCGGGGGCGAUAGUGACGGUACAUCAGUCUGAAUACAUUUCAGUGGACCAACUCGAGGAAUGUGCUGUUUUCGUACCUUGACACGCAAUUCCAUUGCCCUCAACUCGUUCCGUGCCUCUUCUCGCUCUCUCCUGGCCUCUUCAAUGUCUCGUGACAAGGCUUCUCGCUUGUCCCAACCAGCGCGUACAUCUUCCUCGAGCUUGCGCCGAACAGUGUCCCAUUCUGCUUGCGCAGACGCAUGACUGUCAGCAUUGGCGGCUAGACCCUGCACAUGUGUUCCAAUCGUAGUCACCAAUGCCGUAAUCGAAGGGUUUCGUGCAUAAAGUGGAAUGCUAUGUGUCGCGAUCAGCGCCUGAAGUGCAGCCGUACUGUCGUCCAGCUCUGUUUGCAGAAGUUUCAAAGCAGCGGUAUCCUCGGCUCGAAUUCGAUCCGAUUCUUCCUGCAGACGGGCGAGGUCUUCCAGCCGUUCUUCUUCGACAGCAUUCCUCUCUUGUGUCAGUGACUCCCUCUCCUCGUCGAACCCUCGAACCAACUCUGCCCGCUCUUGAUCCGCUCUUGCCCUCUCUGCUUUGAUCAAUGCAUCAACAUCCGGGCGGGCCGCUUCCAGGGCGGCGAUGGUUUCCUGAGCGCGUAGCAGUUCCUCGGCGCCAGCAAUAUCUGUUUCUGCGAGCGCAGCUUCCCGAGCCCGAUUGGCCUCCGUAGCUCGGUCUGCUUCGGCACGAGCAACUUCCUCGGCAGCUUCCUUUUCUGCACGGGCGGCAGCAAGGUCACGAACGAGCUCAGCCUGUUUCGCACUAGAAGCGGCAAGUGCCUCAGUAGCACGGGUGAGCUUCUCCUCGAGCUCCAUGACGGCUGCCGCAGGAACUAUCUUGCUAAUGUUGCUAUUGGGAAUCACGCUGCUCUCGUGUCCGGCGAAGAAGUGUGCGCCGUCGAAACGAGUGACGGUCGAUCCGCUCGGGCUGUGAUGAGGCGUCGUGUAUCCAGAGUCGUUAUGCGUGGAGUCGUUCUUGCGUUCCAUGGAGCGCACAGAGUAACUGAGCACGCCAGCACGGUGUUCGAGCAGACGGCGGUUGACUUCAUUUGUACGUUCCGUGAUACGCUGGAGCUCUAGCUGAACAGCAGCGACGCGUUUGUUCGAUGCCUCCAGCUGCUCUUCUGAUUGUUUCGACACCGUCUUGUGAGACGCAUUGACUUUACUGAGUGAGAGAGCUGCGUCACGGAUCUUCGUCUCAAGCGUCACUUUCUUGGUCAAAGCGCCUUGACGGGUCAUGAGAGACAAUUGUUCCUGCAGUCCUUUAGACGAUGCAGGUUCUGCGGAAUGCGAGCAUACCUUCUUUAGCUCCUCAACUUCCUCUGAGCUCAAGAUCUCGAAAUCCCGACUAUCUACAACAGCUUCACUUGCGAGAAGACUGAUUAGAAGCUCGUCGCGCCUGUUAGCCGGUGGUUGUGACGCGGUGCGAGAUCUCACAGGCCUCGUGUUCGGCGAGGACAUGCGGGAGAGUGACGACGGAGAUGAUGGUUUGGGCGAUCCGCUGAGUGGGGGACGCUUGGACUGGGACCUGGACCGUACGGGAGAUCGUGGGGUCUCUGCCUCCUCCAGCUUUUCCUUCCUGAGAAGGAGUGGCGAGGUGAUUGGUGAGGGAGGGUUGGAGCCCGAGGACGGCAGUGGCGGAGGCCAUGUUGGAGCACCUGGCUUGAGCGGCGCCUCAGAGGUAGGAGGAGACGCAGUCCCUCCAGUCCCUCCCGUGGCAGAUGCCAGGAAGCGGCGCACCCCGCCGAAUCCGUUCAUGGACGAAGACAAGUUUAGCAACACAGCCACCUACUUCUUGUCUUCUGCUUAGUUGCUAUGCGCAGUUUCUUCUCCGGCUGGAUCAUAGCUGCUGCACCCAGGCCUGCCAACUCGGCUUUCAGUUCCAACCUUACAUCGCAUCGUUACUCCACUACUCCGCUGUCUUGAUAUGCCCGCCUUGUCACGAUCGACCUCCAACGGAUGAUCAUCGAUAUAAUAGGUGCAUGGCGACAACCUCCUUACCAGACUGCCAAGAUGACUUUGAGUCCAAUGGGACAAGCUCCCCAUGGGCACGUACACGUCUUAAAGCAAGGCUCAAUCGACGACGUUUAAGCCUGUUCUCAUUACCGACUACUGCAUUGUGUAUACAGAUAACUAAUAUCAUUUCUUGUCAGUGGGAGCAUAUAUCCACAUUCAAGUCCUUCUGCUUUGACCGGCUC